AAAACAGAAAAAAAAAACUCCAAACCUCAUGUCCCGGCCACGAGAACCAAAGCCCCCGCCCGCGCUCGGGGCAGAGCCGCUCGCCACCACACGGGACGGGGCGAUGCGCUGCUCGCCUCAGCUAUCCCACCGCGACUUCGUCGCCGUGCUCUCCCGCUGCUCAACCCGCGCGCACCUCGAGCAGCUCCACGCCCACGCCUUCGUCGCGGGGCGCGCCGCCGCGCAGACCACCACCUUCCACCUCAUCCGCUUCGCAGCCUUCCGCCUUUCCUGCCUCACCUAUGCCCGCCACCUCUUCGACGCCACGCCUCACCCCAGCGUCUUCCUCUACUCCGCUAUUCUUUCUGCAUAUGUCUCCGCCGCAGCCACCGCUUCAUCCUACGCCCACGCCCACGCCCACGCCCGCGACGCGCUCGCGCUCUUCCUUCGCAUGCUUCGUCACGGCCGCCCAGCGCCUAACCAGUUCGUGUACCCGCUCGUGCUCCGCGCUGCCUCCGGCGUCGGCGUCGGCAUUGUCAAGUCGAUCCACUCCCACGCCUGCAAGAGCGGCUUCUGUGGACACGAUAUCAUAAGGACCUCAGUCCUCGAUGGUUAUUCGAGGCACGGUAUGAUGGCCGACGCGCGCAAGCUGUUUGAUGGUUUGACCGAGAGGAACGUGGUCUCCUGGACCGCGCUGGUGUCUGGGUAUGCAAGGGCAGGGAAGGUUGGGGAUGCGAUCGUGCUCUUUGAGCGGAUGCCCGAAAGGGACGUGGCUGCAUGGAAUGCAAUCAUCGCAGGCUGCUCUCAGAACGGGCUGUUUGUGGAGGCGGUUGGGAUUUUUGGGAGGAUGGUGGGUGCGGGGUUCCGGCCAAAUGCAACCACCGUUUCUUGUGUACUAUCUGCGUGUGGGCAUCUUGGGAUGCUGAAGAUUGGGAAGUUGAUCCACUGCUACGCAUGGAGGACCUGUGUUGGUUUUGGCUCAUCCGUUCUGAAUGGGUUGAUUGAUAUGUACGGUAAAUGUGGGAAUCUGGAGGGGGCAAGGUGGAUCUUUGAUGAGGUUUCAGAUAGAAGCCUAACAACUUGGAAUUCUCUGAUCAAUUGUUUGGCACUGCAUGGGCACAGCAAGUGUGCAAUAUCGGUGUUUAAUGAGAUGAGGGGUGAAGGGGUUGAACCUGAUGUUGUUACUUUUGUUGGACUGUUGAAUGCAUGCACUCAUGGAGGGUUCGUUGAUGAAGGCAUUAGGUACUUUGAAUUGAUGCAGCAUGAGCACGGAAUUGAACCAGAGAUCGAGCAUUAUGGGUGUAUCAUCGACCUUCUUGGCCGGGCAGGCCGGUUUCAGGAUGCAUUGAAUGUUAUCAGCGAUAUGAGAAUUGAAGCAGAUGAAGUCAUGUGGGGGUCAUUGCUCAAUGCAUGUAGAGUACACAGACAAGUAGAAUUUGCUGAGUUAGCAAUUCGAAAGUUACUAGAGUUGGAUCCAAAUAAUGCAAACUAUGUGGUGAUGCUGGCAAAUGUAUACAGUGAAGGUGGCUUGUGGGAAGAGGUGAGGAAAGUAAGAAAGUUUGUGAAGGAGGAGAAUAUAGGCAAGAAGCUGCCUGGUUGUAGCUGGAUCGAGGUGGACCGCAAGACACACCGGUUUUACUCUGGUGAUGAUGCUCAUCCUGAGUCAGAGAAUAUAUAUGACACUCUUGAGGAUUUAGCUGCCUCAAUGGAUUUAUGAAAAAUGUACUGCCAGCUAACCAUGUUUCCAGAAACUUGCAUAGCUGCAUAACUUUCAUAAAUUGUCUUCAUUGUUGGGAAGUCAUGAACUUAACUUCUGUGUGGUAAACAAAGUGGGCUUCACUAAGACAAACAUUUGACCUUAGCUCACACAUUUAUUGGAGGUACACAAGGUGUUCCAUCAAAGCCUUGCAUCAAGCUACUUCAUGGCAAGAGGUACAGCAAAAGUUAGUUCUAAUGCCUGAACUGGACUGUACUUAUGUUAUGUACAGGAUCUGUGUUUUUCUGCUUCAAAAUGCCAUUAUGCAGAUGUGGAAGUAUGCAUAUAUUUUCAUUUGAUUCAUAUUGCUUAUUCAUAUUAUUUAUUUGCACAGAUACUUUAUUUAUAUUCUUGUUCGCUAGUCUGAAAAGUCAUGGCUGAAAGUACUGUUCGCUGAUUUAUUAUGAGAGAAAAACACUGCUGGCUGGUAGAAAAAGUACGGCUUCUAACACUGAUAUAGAGCAGAAGUGCUUCUAUCAGCCAUGUAUAUUCAACCCGCAUGAAGAGCUUUCUAUAUCCCAUUUACACUUUCUUUUUUGGUCUGGCCAUUUACCCAUUGCUUCAUGUUGCCAAUCAUGCUGUCAGUUUGGGGUUCUCUUGCCUAACAUGUGUUUUCUUUUCCCUUAUGACCGUUAAUUGCUAAAUGCCCCACCUUGUUAAGAAAUGGGAGUGGCAGCUAGCCUCUUAUCUUUUACAUAUGAAUCACCACGUUUUACAUGCCAACUAGAAAUGGAUAGGUGCCCACUUUCAUAUCCCCUGUUGCCUGCAAAAUAAACACAAACAUGUGGAAAUGAACAUAUGCUAGCUCUAUAAUAUGUGCAAUGAUCAUCUUUGAAGAAACAGAACCGAUUUUGAUUAUUCCAUAUUUGUUCCAACAUGUGCCAGUGUGUUCUCAGUUUGCAGUGCCAAACUGGUAGGAUAAUCAACCAAUUUAGUGUGGUAUGUGUGAAAUAAUUGAAGCAGACUAAAAAGUUAUGUUGAUGCUGAUGAUAAUGGAGCAUGGGAAGGGUGUAUAAGAAAAAUGGGGAAAAAAUCAGAAUCUGGAGUCUGUAGAAGAGCCUUGCGAUUGCUGAUAGAAUGGUAGUCAAACUACAUCUUUUACCAUUUGUGGCAUCCAUUAGUGAUUACUGCUUUGAUCUUGACAUUUCACAACCAGUGUAUAUAGCGGAAAUGACUGAAGCAAAGAAGCAAUGUUAUCCAGUUACUUGAACCAUUAGUAUAUUUCACAUUCAUUGUACUGUUGAUAUAACAACUUGCCAUUCUUGGAAUUGUCUU